GCAAGUUUUUCCUUUUCUCUUUCUUUUGUUUCUUUUUCUUUCGUUUUUGUUUUUGUUUUUGUUUUUGUUUUUGUUUUUGUUUUUGCGAAGAGAAAAUCUAGAAGCUUGGAGGCAGCGAUAGUUAGGAUUCAGGCCAAAUUGGUAAAUGACGGAAGGGCGUUUUUCAAAGCCAAGGAGAAGGGGUUGUCCCGAUAACCACGAGAAUGGGAGUGAAUGACUUGUGGCAGAUUCUGGAGCCUGUUAAAGAGCACGUCCUCUUGCACAGUCUCAGUGGGAAAACCAUUGCAGUUGAUCUGAGUCUCUGGGUAUGUGAAGCACAGACAGUCAAAAAAAUGAUUGGAACCGUCAUGAAGCCCCACCUCAGGAAUUUAUUUUUUCGUAUUUCAUAUUUAACGCUGAUGGAUGUAAAAUUGGUGUUCGUUAUGGAAGGGAAACCCCCAAAGCUGAAAGCUGAUGUCAUGAGCAAGAGGAAUCAGAUUCGGUAUGGGCCUUCUGGAAAAACAUGCUCUCAGAAAACAGGGAGGUCACAUUUUAAAUCAGUUUUAAAGGAGUGUCUUGAUAUGCUGGAAUGCUUAGGAAUUCCCUGGGUCCAGGCUGCUGGGGAAGCUGAAGCCAUGUGUGCUUACCUCAAUGCCAGUGGUUACGCAGAUGGCUGCCUCACCAAUGAUGGAGAUGCUUUUCUUUAUGGGGCCCAGACUGUCUAUAGGAAUUUCACUAUGAACACCAAGGACCCACAUGUUGACUGCUAUACGAUGUCAUCUAUCAAGAGUAAACUAGGUUUGGAUAGAGAUGCUCUGGUUGGGCUGGCAGUACUACUUGGCUGUGAUUAUCUUCCAAAGGGUGUCCCUGGAGUUGGAAAAGAGCAAGCACUAAAACUUAUAAAGAUUUUGAAUGGGCAAAGUUUACUUCAGAGGUUUAAUCAGUGGAAUGAAAAAUCUUGUUACUCUAAUUCACAAACACCAGUUGUUAACAAAGUGGCUCAUUGCUCUGUGUGUUCCCAUCCAGGUUCACCUAAGGAUCAUGAACAUAAUGGAUGCAAAUUAUGUAAAACUAAUCGGUAUUGUGAACCGCAUGAUUAUGAAUACCGUUGUCCUUGUGAGUGGCACCUUGCAGAACAUGAUAGGCAACUAAACGCAGUAGAAAGCAGCAUUAAGAAGAAAGCUUGCAGUUGUGAGGGAUUCCCAUUCCAUGAGGUUGUUCAAGAAUUCCUUAUGAAUAAGGAUAAAUUGGUGAAGGAAAUCAGGUACCAAAGACCUGAUUUAUUAUUGUUUCAGAGAUUUACGCUUGAAAAAAUGGAAUGGCCCAAUCACUAUGCAUGUGAGAAAUUGUUGGUGCUGUUGACCCACUAUGACAUGAUAGAAAGGAAGCUUGGGAGAAGGAACUCUAACCAACUACAGCCAAUCCGAAUCAUUAAAACUCGAAUUAGAAAUGGAGUUCAUUGCUUUGAAAUAGAAUGGGAAAAGCCUGAACAUUAUGCUAUGGAAGAUGAACACGGAGAACUGGUUCUGCAAACGAUAGAAGAAGAAUCAUUGUUUGAAGCAGCUUAUCCUGAGAUUGUUGCUAUUUAUCAAAAACAAAAGUCAGAAAUUAAAGGGAAGAAACAAAAAGGCAUGAAAAUUAAGUCCAAAGGAAGCAGUUUGCCAGAAUCAGAUACUAUGAUGAGUUUUCAGUCACACACAACUUUCAAGCCCACAUGUGAAAUCUUUUCUAAGCAGAGUUCCAAGUUAAAUUUGGAAAUUUUCCCCGAUUCUACGGUACCCCAAGAAUCUAUUUCUGCAUCAUUGGAUACCUUGCUUUUACCUGAAGAGGCUCCCUGUCUGGAUAGACAGGAACAGUUAGUAUCUUCUCUGAGACCUUCGGCUACACAGCAAAUUAAAGCUGUAACUGCAGAAUCUAGUCAACCCAGUACCUCAUCCCAUAGUAUAUCCACAAUUGCUGAUCUGCACUUGAGCACCAUUGACUGGGAAGGUACUUCUUUUAGUAAUUCUCCAGCGAUCCCAAAGAAUACUUUCUCUCAUGGUCCAAAAUCAGAACUUGAGACAGCUAUCCCUGAUAGCUUUAAAAAUAUCACAGAGCAGUUGUCACGUGAAUCAGAAUGGUACACCACAAGUACUGAUAAAUUGUUGGAUUGGAAUCUUCAAAAGACUGCUCCAGAAGAGCACCUGCUUUCUGGCAUCACUGGUUUACAUCUUCAGGAUUUGCCUUUAAGGGAACGAAUACAUAUAAAAUCAUCAUAUCCUCAGAAUAAUGUGCAACCAGAUGUUGGCCUAAAAACUUUGUCACUCCUUACUGUAAAAGAGCACUGUGUUGCUAACAGUAGUUCUGAUGGUCUAUCACAUCUUUCAAAGGACCUUCUAGGAAUUAAUUUGCAAAAUGAAUCUAGAAACUGUAAAGUUCUAAAAGGAGACCAGCUGUUUCAAGAAAACUAUAAAGCAAAUAUUUCUAUACCUUAUUCUCUCAAUAACCCAAUAGCAGGGACCUCCAGUGUUAGAACUGAACCAUCAAAUACUGCUUUCAAUCGUAGUAGAAAAGUGGAUGCACAAAUCACUGAGAAAAUUGUAAUGAAGAAGAGUGUUUGCCUUGAUAGACCUUCCUCUGAGGAAGAAAGUGUCCCAGAGUUUGGAAAAGCUAAGUUCACAACUCGAAAAAUGAAACAGAGUUCUCAGCAGUAUAGCCCAGCUGGAUUCAAGAAAAAUGACGGCAACAAAUUGAAUAACCCUAAGGCACAUAGAAAAGAAACUGAACAGUGUGUCCAGGUUUAUAAAACAGCUGGAAAUGAGGAAAACUCCUUCCCAGAUGCAGCAAAAGUUUCUCUGAGUUUUCUGCAGUGUCAUAAAGAAAAAGACAACUCUGGCACUUACUUGGAUAGUCCUCUUCCUUUAAGUCAGAGAUUAAAACUAAGGUUCCAAAACACUUGAAAUGAAAUUUCGAAUAUUCAGAUACAAAUCAGCAUUCUAAUGGCAUUAGCAGAAGCAGAGGGAAGGUCUCUAGUUAAUGUAUAGUAGAAAAAUUUAAUGUGGUUUUAUAUGUUGUGAGUCACUUGCAAUCAAAACUGUGAUAAAAAAAAUUGUAACCUAAAACUUUGAUUUUAAAAAACAGUCCUCUGUAGUGAAAACUUCAGGUGAUGUAUAUUUUUAUAACAUACUUUUGCCAUUUUAAAAAAUAAUCUUUAUUAUUCCUUCGUUAUAUUCUUAAAAAGUUACUGCAGUACUAGAUAGAAUAAAUGCUCCCUCCAUUUCCUCUUUUUCACUCAUUUCUUCCACAGGCCUCUAAAGCAUUUUUUGAUAUUCCAGCUUGUUCCCAAGAGGAUAGCUCUUUAUAACUGCCUACAUUCUCACAUUGUCUUCUAUGAUGCCUUUCUGAGAGUUAUAUUUUCUCACAAUGUGAAGAUACUUUCAGUUGUCUUCCCAGCUUCAGUAAUCUUACUUUCUUUUGUGAGGGACGAAAAAAAAAAAAAGGAAAAAGUGGAAGAUGAUCAAUAUAUGUAGUAAAAAUUAUGGUUAUAGUAGCAGAAUAAACUGAGGAAAGCUACUUCUUAAAUAUCCCAAGUUCACAGGUCUGCCAAGUGGAAGAAGAUUUGGAAAAUAGAUUGUAUAACCAGAGAGGAUCAGAAACUUGCUCAGGAUCACACAGCUAAUUAAAUAGUGGUGGGGAAACCAGAUUUCUUGCCUCUCAAUUCAUUGGUUUUUCCUGUGUUCUUUUUCUUUUAUAGCACUUUUUUCUUUCCGUUUUGUUUUAAGAUGAAUGUAUACAAUAUUGACUUCAGUACUUCCAAAUAUUAAGUUGUACAUUAAUCUAUUUAGCACUCAAAAAGUCUAGAGGGAGCCAGAUUGGAAAGGAAAAAAUAAAAUUUUUGCUACUUGCAGAUGACAAAAUCAUGU